AAGGGCCAAAUUUACCUCGCAGCCGCACUUGAUUGGUGAUGGGAGGAGAGAGCGAAGCAGAGGUAGGCAAAAAAAUGGAGGAACUGGCGGAGCUAGAGAGACUACAAGCUCGACUCCUCCACCGAAUCACAGAGUUCGAGCUCUCUCAUUUGCCCCAACACUUCUCCGACUCCCUCUCCGUUUCCUCUCCCCCUGAAAACCUCAACGCCGCAGCCAUCGACGCCGCCGCCGCCACCGAAGCCCGCCUCUCCGCCAUCCUUCGCAGCAAUGGCGUACGAGACUUUUCCUUCAAGCGAGUCCCCUUCGAUUACUACGAUUUUAGUGCCGAAGCCCGACGAGACAUACUCGGUGGCUAUUCCAUCGAUCAUCUCUGCAAAAGCAUUGUCCUGGUCAAUACUCAAGCCCCUUCUAAUGUAACUGAUUGUAGUGAUCGAAACAAUUCGAAGUAUUAUAUUGUUGUGGUUCAGCACUUUCUUUAUUUGCAGUAUACUGCUCGAUUUAGUGCUGAUACUGUGAAGAACUUCCUUUAUUCACUCAACAAUGGGAAGAUACCAAAGAAGAAAUUCAACUUGAGGCUUGCUCCAGAGGAGACAUCAUUGAAGUUGACAGGUUUUGGACACAAUGCGGUGACCUGCAUUGGCAUGAAUACAGACAUUCCGGUGAUUUUGGAUGAAGCAAUCACAAAGCUUAAUCCGGAUUUCUUUUGGCUGGGAGGCGGAGAGGUUUUUCUGAAGUUGGGAAUCAGGACCUCUGAAUUCAUAAACUUUGUAAGACCUUUCAUUGUUAGCUGUAGUUCUACCACUUGAUUGCUCCAAAUGAUUCGUUAGUGAAUUGCCGAUGGAUUCUAUGAUUGCGGUGGAACUUGCCAACCUGAUAAUGCCAACAAUUGCCAUAAUCAUGGACUUUCUUUCUUCUUUGGGAUCCAGAUUGAAUUGUUAAUGACCUAUGGAAUUCGAGUUUGCUUCACAAAAUUUUCUUGUUUCUUGAUAGGUUAAAACAAAAUGGAACUUUUAUAAUUCAAUAUCCUUUUUGUUUUGGUGCUUCGCAAUGACUUGAAUGGAAAAAGGUGAUUGAUAUUAUACUUUGAAAGGAUUAAAGCAUGAGAAUAGGCAUUACAUUGUUUU